CCGCCAGAAGAAAAUUCAGUAUAAAAUGUUGUUGGUGCGAACAAAACGGUGGCUUAAUUUGUCUGUGAAUGGCCAUGGCGACGUUAUAGACAGCCUCCUGUUAUACUUUAGAGACGGAAGUAACGGCGCAAAUAUGUAGCGUGCUUUGGCGUUGCCAGCAACGUUGAACCUUCGUGGCUUUCUUGUAAACACAUGUAACGUUAACGUUAGCAUGUUCCAGGAAUUACACUUAGUCGAGACUCAGUAAUGCUGCUGUUGUCGUUACGAUGAACGGCUGGAUGGGGAGAUUACGAAACAAAAUUCACGUGAUUUCAUGAGUCAUGUAUCCCUCAACGAAGGCAAUGGAUUCGGUUCACAGUGGGACCGGUGUCUUCUACCAGGCAAUGCCUGCUGUUGGAGCCGAUGGAAAGAACAUCAUGAAACUGAUUCCUGUACAAAUUGUCAAUGGACAGUUUGUUCAAUCUCAAAUAAGUCAACCCAAAACGAAUCCUACAUCACAGAAAGCUGUAACCAUAAAUAUUGCCUCAGCACCUGUUCAGGUGGUAAAGAAGUCAGCUUUGAAUCCUUCUGCCACAGAGCAAAUUGUCAGAAAGCAUUUUUCACUCAUGGAUGUCUUCCCUAAUCAAGCAGAUUUGGAUCUUGGUCAUUCACUAAAUAAACACCCACUACAGCAACAGCAUGUAAAUUUGAUGUCCAUAGUACCUCCAGUGGCAACACCUGCAACAAACAGUGGGAAGUUAGGAAGAGUUCCAAGUCAGCUCCCAGUCACAGCACUCCCCAGAGGACAGUACCUUCAGAUUCCUUCUAAUUCACAAGUCCCAGCAUCUGAACGACCUGCUAGUAUCAAGAAACAGAUUUUUACUCCACCACCCAGCUCCUCUCCAAGUCAAAGCUUAUCUAGUCUGGUCUACGUGCCACCCAUCACAACUGUCAAUCGAAGCACGACUCUACAAAGUGAUUCUCCACUUCACUCACUUGGGUUGCUUUGUGAGACAUCAAGUAACACUUUAUGUGGAACUCCAUCCAAAGGAUCAAAACCACAUUUAAAAUUAAUUCCAAAAGCUUCACAAAGGCCUAACAGCCCGAUAAAGUGGGUCAUUGAAGAAGAGGAAAGCACAGCGGCUCCAACUCUUGAUCCUGUUACCCCUUGUGUUACUUCAGAGAUUCUUCGAAUUGUUGCAGAGAGAGAAAAUGCUAACAAACACUGUGACGUCAUUAAAAAAAUAGCCUCUUUGUCGAGCGGACAGAGACAGGAAAACACUUUGGUCACGGACAACAGGAACGUGGUUUUUGUGGCCAAAAAUCGCAGCCUAGCAUAUAAAAUGGGAACAAGUGACUCACCUACAGCAGCACAAAAAAGUUGUGAAUUCAACAAAAUCAUUGUAUCUUCAUCCCAACAAUCACUUGAGCCAGUUGCACCUCAGAUGAAGCAGGGCCUACAGGUUAUCAUUCCACAUGAAUCAGAUGAGGUGAUUGACCUUUGUGACGAUGAUGGUCAUGAUGACUCGUCUCAACAGGCAGCCUCAGCUCAGAUGUCAGCAGUCACUCAACCGGAUGAAGACAAUGUAAUAUUUGUGUCAUAUAUUCCACCCAAAGCUGAGUCUGAGUCAACACAAGAUUUGAGACCACAAACACAAGUGCCACUUAUAAAGGAAACAGAUCAGACGGACACAAGAAGUGGUGUAACACAACAGAAGAACCUGAAUGGAACAACUGACAAUGAAAUCUGUGCCCAUAGAAGAAGAGCAACUGACCAGAGUAUGUCAUACAACACAGUCAAAAAUCUUAGACAUGUUUGUGAUUUGCCAGUGAUGAACAUGCAUGAUAAUGAGGGCUCACAUAUUAGCAGUCAGCAGAUCACCUCCACCCAACAGCUGGAGAGGAUGGAAGUUGAUGUUGAAACAAAAAGUCCAGCUGAUCCCAACACGUCUGACAGCAGCAGUGGAAUAUGCUCUCUAAUAGAGGAGGACACCCACAGAAUGGAGAGCUCUGUGAAUCCCACAGCGAGUUGUACAUCCUCACUGGCACCAGAAUCCCUUCAAAGGUCUGAUAAUCUGCUGAGACAGAUAUUUGGGAUAACAGCCAAUGUGAAAAUUUGCCUGCAGAGGAUUGAUGGAGCUUCAGACUGGUCUCUAAUUGCUGAAUCUCUAUGGAGUGAGUCCAUAAGGUCAGAUAACAGGGAACCAGACAGUGGGUUAAAAGAGAAAGAACUUUUUUUAAAGGACCUUUACAGUCUACAAGACACUGACAGCAGCAAUGGUCACAUCAAUGUCAGAAAGGUAACUGGACAGGAGCUGUCAGAAGACUCUGCCACUCCAAGUCCUCACACAGACAUCGGACCUCUCAAAUGUUCACAUUUCAAACUGAACACACAAGCUCUCUCUCUUUUGAGGAAGAAGUGCCAUUCAGGUAACACAUCUCUCAAAGGAAUAUCAUGUGAUGUUGAAACUGAGCCAGUCAUUGGCUACAUGGAACCCAUAGAUGAAGAUUUCCUCAGCACAGAUGAAAAUGACAUCCCCAACUCACAGGACACAGCUAGCCAGCCACAAACUCAGACUUGUGCAGAUCUGAAUACAAACACAACAAGGAGAAUGGGAAGAAUGAGGAAGCGUACAGUCUGUCCAUGUUGCAUCCCUUGUACUCAAGAUCCUGUAGUGAAGUCCAGCGCCAGGUCCCAAGAGCCAGAGAAGUGGGCUUGGAGGACAGAGCAGACAAAUAAAAGAGGGGGAAAAACAAAGGCUGUAAGAAAAUAUGUAAAAACAUCUGGACGGAUCAGCUGUCUAACAGCCAAGAAGAAGCACAACUGUAAGACUUCUGAUGAGGCUUCAGCCAGUAACAGUUUAACCACAACAUCCAUGGACACUGAUGAACUGAAACAAUGUGAACAGAUCAGAAGACUCAAAGAGCUUCUCAAAGAGAAAGAGGCAGCUCUGGAACUGUUGAGAAACAGCUCGGGCUGAAAGGAGAACCUCUAACAUUCUAACAAAGUUAAUGCAUUUAUUUUUAGUGGAUCCUAUGCUACUACUUGGAUUUCUUUUCUUUAAGAUUAUUUUUGUGGGCUUUUUACCUUUAAUGACAGGACAGUGUGUGAAAUGGGGAGACAGAGAGAGAAUGGGGACUGACAUGCAGCAAAGGGUUGCGAGCCGGAUUCGAACCCGCGGCCGCUGCAGCGAGGAAAUGCCUCUGUACAUGGGGCACCAGCACUAUCCACUACGAUACCGACGCCCCACUGCUUGUAUUUCUUUUUGUUGAGUUAACAAGGACUAACAUAAGUAUCACCCUGGCUUCAGUGCAGUGUCAUGUACACAGGGCUGUUGGGGAAUAAAGCAAAUGUAAGCGUA